AUGAGUUGUUAUAUUUCCCAAGUGUCGGAGGUCGUAAUCGUUUGGAAUGGCAAAUGCGAAGUGGACGAGUCUUCUGAUCAAUUUGUUCCAUAUGAAGACAAUUUGAUGGAAGAUUUCUCGUCCAACGAGUCCAAAACAGUAACGCCUGUCUUCGUUCUGACUAACACAAGAAAAAAACCGAAAAAUGACCGUCUUCACGCCAAAAAGCCCAAGAUAAUGACAACAGUAAUAAGUUCGCUGAUAUUCCAUCCCUCUCCUUUGCAUCUGAGGACGCCUUCACUUUCGUUUCCCAUUGUCUUCUUCAACUUUAUGGCUAUGGCACCAGCAAAAUUAUAUCGCAAGUCCUCGAGUGCGAAUAAGAUACAGCGGCAACAGAGAUCGAACUCCAGCUUUCAGUUUUUGACAUGUUUGGGUCGGUACGGUGUGGUAUUCUGUAUAUUACUCGCCGCUUUGUGGCUCACCAUCCUUUGGCGGAGUCAUUCAACACUGCUCAAGAAGAGCGCAAUCAAUGAUGGAGAAACGAAGAGUGCUUUAGGUAUUCCACGUCUACCAUUUCAAAAGAAAAAUCUUGAUGAUCUGCCGAAAUUGCCGACGCCGAACGACGCUGCGACUUGGAGACUACCACCUGGAAUUGAUGCCAUCUACGAGAGAGCAAAGCGUGACGACCAGCUUUGUAGAUCAUUGGAACCAGACGGCUUUACCGGCUACGAUGUAUCAACAAGAAUACAUUAUCAAAAGGACACCAUCGCCACCUUGCCAGCUUUCGGAUUUUUGGUGGAUGUCGAAGCUUGGAACACUUCCAAAUCCAUCGGUGACCCUAUAGCGGAACCAUCAAGAUGGCAAUGUGAGCUCCCUGCCGACACAGAAUGCCAUGAAUCCCAAUUUACUGUCGUUUUCAUGGCCUAUAAUCCUGAUCGACUUGGUAUAACACUGAACAUGAUUCGCAAAAUGUUGGAAGAGGAAGAGUGGAACGACAUAGUGUCGGAAGUCGUAAUCGUUUGGAAUGGCGAACGCGAAGUGGACGAGUCUGAACACGGCAGAAAAGUUCUAGUUUUCGCCAAAGGUCACAAACUGCGUAUAGUUUACCCGCUGAAGAUGGGCUUCCCCAACGACCUAAUGAAUCGAUAUCAUCCAGACGUUGUUCAGGUGACAAGCAAGGCGAUUCUAUACUACGAUGACGAUGGCCCCUUUUAUUCUAGCGCUGCUGUUCGAGGAGGCUUUGAGCUGUGGAAACGCCAUUCUUCGGCGCAGAUUGGUGCCAUGGCGCGGCAACUAGAUUACGGACCACGGCAGCAGAAAGAGCGCACGGAACUCGAUCCUAAACCGAACGAUUCGUUGUUUGUCACCCACUGUACGAAUGUGGACGACAAAGUCAGCUAUAAUUUUCGAUACUUUGCCAACUACGAUGCAAAUAUGGUGCUUCCUUCGGGAUCAUUUCUGCACGUUAACUAUUUGUGCUUUCUAUGGCACCCCGUUUUGGCACCGAUACGUGAGUUUGUUCUGGCCCAUCCAGUGCACCCUGACGAUAUGACGUUGAGUGGGCGGGCUCCACGGGUCUAUUCACGCAGAUUAGGUUCGCGGGAUAAGAGCAAACAGGAACGCAGACAACUGCGCAGAAUAGCAGAUUCCAACGCAACGCUUAGGGAAGACGACGAGGAUGAUCCUGAUACCGGUGUUAUUCCGUCGUCGGAGCAGCGACGUUCACUGAUGCACGGAAUUGAUUGGGACGCAGGCAGUGGUAUGAAUGACGCCAAGCAAGUAUGGGCAGAUCUACGAACGAUUGCAGUGAAUGCGCUGGUUCGCUACUUUGGUAGUCUCAAUUCGGGGUCGAUUGGGUGGUGUGAGGGGACCGAACACUACAAUCCCAGUAUACCUGGCAAGUGUCAACCUGUCAUGGCCAAACAGGGCAUGUUGCCUUGGAUGAAUGCAGACAACACUCACAAAGAUACUUGCCCCUGA